AUGGUGUUGGGACCAACAAGACCUUCUAAGAAUAUUAUUCAACAUAUUCUCCUUGCCUUGGCUCUCUUCGUGACACUUUGUGAUGCUCAGUGCACAUUUAAGCCCUUGGAAAUCAGUCCAGGGCAUGGACCAAAAGGUUGCAGGGAUUCUAAAGGUGUAAUGCAUGACUUUGACACUCGAUGGCAAUCUAAUUGUGUGAGCUGUUCAUGUGAUGCAAGAUUUGGACUAAGUUGCUGCAGCACUGUGAUAAAGCCUAUGGGCUAUGACACUUUUAAGUGCGUGGAAAUUUUCAACAGGCAGAGCUGUAGAAUUAUUGCUGUACAGAAAGUCAAUCCCGCUGCAGACUGUGAGGCGGUGCUUUACCAAGGUCGCUAA